GGAGACAGCGCUAGCCACGCCCCUCAGCACCGCCCACCACUCUCCGGCUGGCAAGCUCGCUGCCGAGACCCCGAGCCGCGGCUGUCUGCUGGGCUCCGGAGCCGCGGAUCACCUUCGGUCGCCCCGCGCCGUCCUCCCGGCGCCGCCUGGCCCUCCGCCUCGAGCAUCCUCAGCCCCUCAAGCCAGAUGAUGAACUUCCUGAGGCGCCGGCUGUCGGACAGCAGCUUCAUCGCCAACCUGCCCAAUGGCUACAUGACUGACCUUCAGCGCCCGGAGCCGCAGCAGCCCCCUCCUGCCCCCGGCCCCGGGGCCGCCUCGGCGUCGGCGGCCACCUCAGCUGCCUCGCCGGGCCCCGAGCGCAGGCCGCCACCCGCCCAGGCACCCGCGCCGCAGCCCGCGCCGCAGCCCGCGCCGUCGCCGUCGGUGGGCAGCAGCUUCUUCAGCUCGCUGUCGCAAGCCGUGAAGCAGACGGCCGCCUCCGCCGGCCUGGUGGACGCGCCCGCGCCUUCGGCCGCCUCCAGGAAGGCCAAGGUGCUGCUGGUGGUCGACGAGCCGCACACCGACUGGGCCAAGUGCUUUCGGGGUAAAAAAGUCCUUGGAGAUUAUGACAUCAAAGUGGAACAGGCGGAAUUUUCAGAGCUUAACCUGGUGGCCCACGCAGAUGGAACCUAUGCAGUGGACAUGCAGGUGCUCCGGAAUGGCACAAAGGUUGUUCGGUCCUUCAGACCAGACUUUGUACUCAUCCGACAGCAUGCAUUUGGCAUGGCGGAGAACGAGGACUUCCGCCACCUGAUCAUUGGCAUGCAGUACGCAGGCCUCCCAAGCAUCAACUCACUGGAGUCCAUUUACAACUUCUGUGACAAGCCAUGGGUGUUUGCUCAAAUGGUGUCCAUCUUCAAGACACUGGGAGGGGAGAAAUUUCCACUCAUCGAGCAGACUUACUACCCCAACCAUCGAGAGAUGCUUACACUUCCUACGUUCCCUGUGGUGGUGAAGAUUGGCCAUGCUCACUCAGGCAUGGGCAAGGUCAAAGUGGAAAAUCACUACGACUUCCAGGACAUUGCUAGUGUGGUGGCCCUUACCCAAACCUAUGCCACAGCAGAACCCUUCAUUGACGCCAAGUAUGACAUCCGGGUUCAGAAGAUUGGCAACAACUACAAGGCUUACAUGAGGACAUCCAUCUCAGGGAACUGGAAGACAAACACUGGCUCCGCAAUGCUGGAGCAGAUCGCCAUGUCAGACCGGUACAAGCUCUGGGUAGAUGCCUGCUCUGAGAUGUUUGGUGGCCUGGACAUCUGUGCAGUCAAAGCUGUACAUGGCAAAGAUGGGAAAGACUACAUUUUUGAGGUCAUGGAUUGUAGCAUGCCACUGAUUGGGGAUCACCAAGUGGAGGACAGACAACUCAUCACUGAUCUAGUCAUCAGCAAGAUGAACCAGCUAUUGUCCAGGACUCCUGCCCUAUCUCCUCAGAGACCUUUAACCACCCAGCAGCCACAGAGUGGAACGCUAAAGGAACCGGACUCCAGCAAGACGCCUCCCCAGCGGCCACCUCCACAAGGGGGCCCUGGGCAACCCCAAGGAAUGCAGCCCCCAGGCAAGGUGCUGCCUCCACGUCGGCUCCCCUCGGGACCAUCACUGCCAUCUUCUUCCUCUUCCUCCUCUUCCUCCUCCUCCUCUUCCUCGGCUCCUCAGAGGCCGGGUGGCCCCACCACCACCCACGGUGAUGCACCCUCCAGCAGCAGCUCCCUGGCAGAGGCCCAGCCACCUCAGGCUGCUCCACCACAGAAGCCCCAGCCUCACCCACAGCUCAACAAGUCGCAGUCCCUGACAAAUGCGUUCAGCUUCUCUGAGUCCUCCUUCUUCCGGUCUUCAGCCAAUGAGGAUGAAGCCAAAGCGGAGACCAUCCGGAGCUUGAGGAAGUCCUUUGCCAGCCUCUUUUCAGAUUAGCUCUUCAGAUACACGAGGGCAUCCGGCCCAACCAGGAAAGGCAUCUAAGACAUUCACCAGUAACAGUCUGCCAUGUUUGAUGGCGACAUCCCAUGACUUGACAUGUGUAGCCCCUUCUGUUCCUUUGUGCUCAGUAAUUUGUGCAGCCCAGAAAUAACCACAUGACAGUCUCAGGGCAGGUGCCUACCCUGAGAAGGACCUGGCAGGAGAGGAAAAGGCUGUUUCCCUGUAGUCUUAAGAGCUUAUUCUGAAGUCAUUGUUGCUGUGAAUUUAGUGGCCUUAUUGUGACAGAGCCAUCAUGUCUUACUUUUCUGUGUGAAGCCAGGCUGUCUGUAAUGGAGGACUCCUGGCAGCUUAACCCAGCUCAGACACAGAGCUCAGCAUGUCCUUGUAGUCGGUGCUACCUGUGGGAAGGAUGUGCUUACCCGGAAGUACUGUUGGCUCUAAGUUUUAGGAACUUCCUCCCAAAGCUGGGUCUCCUGUGGCACCUGUUGAAAGCACACUCACCUGACCCUGUGCUCCCUAGACUGUUGAGGGGGUGAAGUCCCUUGUGUCUGUUGAAACAUGAGAACAAGGACCUGCAGGGUCCCCUUUGUCCCCUCUGGAGAGCAGUUCUGCUGUGUGGGCUGCAGUAAGCCUGACCUCCCUAAGCUGCACUGUAGAAGAGGUUGCAUGCCGCUAGGACAGCAGUCCACCAAUUCUGUGUUCCUCACCUAAUGAAUGUCAAGACGGUGUUGUAAUAAAAGUAGCAGCAUUAACCAGCA